UAUCAUGGCUAUAUUUAGAGUUUAGCCAUGGUUAAUGUUAUCCUAAUCAAUAUCACUGUGGCGAUACGGCCUACCUCGUCCGUUAUUCCCACAUCACUUAUUAUUAAAUCGAUAUUAUUACGUUCUGACUACACUCCGACUUCAAAAUAAAUUAUUUAUAUUUUGUAAUUGUACAUGUUAAUCAUUUUUAUUUUAUAUGAUUUAUGCGUGUUGCUUUACACAACACGAAUUAAUUUAUAAUGGCCAAAGUGUUAGACAUUUUUAAUAUCAAAAAACAGAAAUUAAUUGUUACUAAUUUCUCAUCAACGACAACACAAGAAUCUCAAAAUGAACAAUUAGAUAUUGGUAUAGAAAUUGAUAUAACUGCACAAAAAAGUAUUGAAAAUAUUGUGAUUUCUGACUUAGGAACUUUAAUAACAGGCCCUGUGCGACCAAUUUUAACAGAAACGAGGAAUAUGUUCAACACUUUAGAAUCCCUAUACAUACAUUUUUCACAUCCGUCAAAAAAUCAAAAUUUAAUUGAGAUUCAAACCAAUCUAGGGAUAAAAAAUAGUUCAAUGAUUAGACUCAGUGAUACUAGAUGGAACUGCCGCUAUCGUAAUAUAGAGUAUGUUAAAGCAAGUUAUAAAGCAAUUAUUCAAGCUUUAGAAGAAGAAAUUGAAAAUGAAGAUGAUAGAAGAGUAAAUGAAGCAAUUGGAAUAUUAACAAAUUUAAAAAGUGGACGAUUUAUAGUUUAUUUAUUUAUCUUACAUAAAGUAUUAAUUAAUAUUAAUAUUGUUGCCAACAAAUUUCAAGAAAAAACUGCAACCUUAGGGCAAUCUAAAAAUAUUAUUCAAGGUGUGAUGAUGACUUUUAAAAAUUUAAGAACAACAGAAUAUUUUUCUCAACUUUGGUGUGAAAUAGAAACCUUUGCUAAAGACAAUGACAUAUCAAUACAAACACCGUCUAAAGGAUGUAAAAGAAAAAGACAAGAGCCGACAAUUUUUAAACAUUUUUAUGUCACUGCAACCACAAGUGCUGAACAUAGUAUCGACAAAACUAAUGAAACUGUUGAAAGUUAUUUUAAAAAAAAUGCGUUCUUUCCUGUAUUUGAUGCUAUCUUGAUAAAUCUAGAAAAAAGGUAUCUAUCAUUAUAAAGAUUUGAUGUGUGUAUCUAAAGAUGUAUUGAAGUCAGAAAUGGCAGUGGUAAAGAAUUGUAUUAUGCAAUUUAC